AUACUAGCCAUGUCUGUCCACGCGGAGCCUCCGCCGUCUAUCGUCUCGGAACCGCAUGGCAUCAACUAUGCUACCUCCAACCAACUGGGCAAGGGCGGCUUCGCCAUUUGCUUCAAGGCCGAACGUCUCGAGCGCGACCAGCCCACCGGCCAUCUGGUGGCUCUCAAGAUUGUCAAGUCCAGGAUGGAGCCCGCGAAGCUAGCACAGAAGUUCAUUACCGAAUUGCAAAUCCAUUCCAAGCUGUCCCACCCUAACAUUGUAGGCUUCCACCGCGCCUUCUCUUUUGGCGAGAGCACCUACAUCCUGGAAAAGGGCAAAGGUCAUAGCGAGAAGGUUGAUCUGUGGGCUAUUGGCAUCAUCGCAUACACUCUUGCUGUCGGAAGGGCCCCAUUCCACGCAUCAUCCAAGGAAGAAAUCUACAAGAAACUAAAAGCAGGCGACUAUUCAUGGCCCGAGUUAUCAUCAAUCACAAACGAAAUUUCUGCAGACCUGCGCGAUUUGGUCUCGUCUCUGCUGGUUACCGAGGAAUUGCGCCCCUGUCCGGAUCAGAUUGUUUCGCAUCCCUUCUUCAAAAUCGCCUUUGUUCCUAGGCAGAUGAGUCGUGCUCAGGUCAGCAAGGUUCCCACAUGGCCCAAUGUUCAACCGCCAACCCCCGAGGUGCUUCAAAGAGGCUAUAGCGAAUCCUGGUGGCAUGUCUGCAAGGAAUCUGGAGUUGGCGAGUACGCUCCAGGCAAGUGCUUCCAGCUCAAUGCAGGCAAGAAGAUACGCAGCAUUGUGAGAGACAUCGAGAGAGAGGUUGCCGCAGGCCGACAACCCGUAAUUCCAAUCCCAUCAGACACAGUUUAUACGUCGCCAAACUGCAAUAGCAUCGACGCCUUCCAGCCCAGGAAUGCAUUGACAGAAAUCGCAGAGGAGCGCGAGCCCGAUACGAGACAGCUCAAGGAGAUAGCCCAUAAUGAGAUUCGACCAGGAUCCAAGGACGAGAGCGCCGACGAGAACAAAAAGAAGAAGGAUGCCGAGCUGAUGCCUCCUCCUGCACGCGUCAGACGAGCAGGCCCGAUCCGACGGACGCGCGCAGUUCCAGAUGAGAAGGAAGAAAGUGCUCCCGAGUCGACCCGCCAGUCCUCUCGCCUGAACACUCUCAACCAAACUAACACUUUGAGUCAAACUGCCUUCAGUGGUACAAACUUCCUACCGUCAUCUUCGCAACCUCAGAGUGGUGAGAUCAUCCCAGUCUCCAAGCGAAGUGUAGACGCCAGUCUAGCACGACGUCCGCGAAGAAAUGUUACCGAUCGAGAGAUUCCUGCUCUAGCAGAUGCCAUCCGCGAUGAUUUGGAGAUUGCGCCAUCGAGAACGUUAGCCACCAGAAGCUCGCGGUCAAGAUCGAAACAGCCGAGUCAAGACGUGGUCGAAAUAUUCGAUGAGCAGGAGAAUCUUGGGAGACCGGCUCUGCCACCACCCCCGGCCAUGACUGCCAAACUUCCAGUCCCAAGGAGGAAGAUCCUGGACACAACUUCAACCUUCCCAGGAUCCGACCCGACAGCAGUAUUGGAGCGUCUCAAUGCAUUCCGUGAUAAUCUGGCGUCAGCUCUGGAAAGAAAGCAUUUGGCGCCCUCCCGACGAAUCCCGCAACAACCGUCAAAACCGCUUCCUUUCGUGAGUCGAUGGGUGGAUUACAGCAAGAAACACGGAGUAGGAUACGUCCUAGAUGACGGCACAGUGGGAUGUGUCAUCAACGGUUCUGCUGCGACCGGAACACCCGUAACGCAUGUGGCAGUCAAGAACGGAGAACGCUGGCUUGCACGUAUAGGAAAACGAUUCGAGCAUCUGGAACGCGUUCCAUUCAGGAUUUUCGAAGACCACGGAGCUGCUGGACUUGAAAAGCUUGAUCUCGCAAGCAGGGAUGAGAAGACGAGAGAAAGACUACGAAUGCUCCGCGUUCUAUGGGUGAAGUUUGGCAGAUACAUGAGCCAAACGCUCAAUGCGACCGAGACGGCAGACUGCGCGGAUGAUGAAAUGGACGCGGACUCAGACUUGCUGUUUGUUCGAUUUUACCAGAGAUCGGGCAAUGUAGGUAUCUGGGGAUUUUCAGAUGGUUGCGUACAGCUUCAUUUCCCUGAUCAUACAAAGUUCGUGCUCUCCUCUGAUGGUCUGCACACUUCUGCAACACUCGUGCCUGUGGAAGGAGUGCAUGCGAUCAACGAAAAGCAUGAUUUGCCGACCAAGCUUCUCAGAGACCGGCAAACGUUGGUACAUUCAAUCCAUGCACUGCUGUAUGGAUCACAGCCCGGAGGACGCGGGCAGAAGCUAUUCGCCGAGAUGGUCCAAGCUAACAUGGUCGAAGACAAGAUGUGCUUACUGCUUCAAGUACUAGACCAGUGGAUUCAAGGAGGUGGCCUUGGUUGCACGGGUGUCGGAGAAGAACGUCUGCAGUGGCAGGGUUCUUGGGUCAACGAGCACGCGCGCAAGAUUGACUGGGUGACGGUGGGCAGACUUGGAGGCGACGAGGCCGUCACCAAACGAGCCGGAAGAAAGAAGGAUGCCGCCGCCGCGCAACCCGGAGCCACGGGCGGAAAGCCCCAGGUCAGGAAGGCGGCCUUCGAGUCGACCAAGAAGAAGGAAGUCGGAGUCUCGGAUCUCACCCUGAUCAGCAAGAUCUCCAACGAGGCCAUCAACGACAACUUGAAGAAGCGAUUCGAGAAUGGCGAGAUUUAUUACCUCGAAAUCCAGUUCAACGCUCAGGGUGAGCCCGUUGGUGCCAACAUCACCAAUUACCUGCUGGAGAAGUCAAGAGUUGUGGGGCAAAUCAUGAACGAGAGAAACUUCCACAUUUUCUACCAGUUUACAAAGGCAUGCUCGGAGAACUACAGACAGACCUUCGGCAUUCAGCAGCCUCAGUCCUAUGUCUAUACUAGCGCAUCGAAGUGCUACGACGUACAAGGGAUUGACGAUCACGCCGAGUUCCAGGAUACAUUAAACGCUAUGAAGGUCAUUGGAUUGUCGCAAGCUGAACAGGAUGAUAUCUUCCGUAUGCUUGCCGCAGUUCUUUGGCUCGGAAACUGUACAUUUGGCGAGGACGACCAAGGAAAUGCCGCAAUUGCAGACCAGUCUGUGGUUGACUUUGUCGCCUACCUUCUAGAAGUCGACUCGGCUCACGUCAACAAGGCCUUGACUAUCAGAGUCAUGGAGACUAGCCGUGGUGGCCGAAGAGGAUCGGUUUACGACGUGCCACUCAACCCGGCGCAAGCAACCUCUGUCAGAGAUGCUUUGGCUAAGGCCAUUUACUACAAUCUUUUCGACUGGAUUGUCCAAAGAGUCAAUGUAUCGCUCCGGGCUAAGGGUACAGUUGCUCAGUCGGUCGGUAUUCUGGACAUCUACGGAUUCGAGAUUUUCGAGCGCAACAGUUUCGAGCAGCUCUGUAUCAACUACGUCAACGAGAAGCUGCAGCAAAUUUUUAUUCAGUUGACUCUCAAGGCCGAGCAAGAAGAGUAUGAGAGGGAACAAAUUACCUGGACCCCGAUCAAAUACUUCGACAACAAGGUUGUGUGUGAGCUGAUCGAGGAAAAGAGACCCNCUGGCGUUUUUGCAGCAUUGAACGACGCUUGUGCGACCGCCCAUGCUGAUCCCGCAGCGGCAGAUGGUACUUUUGUGCAGAGACUGAAUGCUUUGUCCUCGAACCCGAAUUUCCAGCCAAGACAAGGUCAAUUUGUCAUCAAGCAUUAUGCUGGUGAUGUUGCCUAUGCUGUUGAGGGCAUGACAGACAAGAACAAGGAUCAGUUGUUGAAGGAUAUUCUUAAUCUCUGCGGACAGAGCUCGAACAACUUUGUCCAUACUCUCUUCCCUGAGCAGGUCGACCAAGACAACAAGCGCCGACCACCCACUGCUGGUGACAGGAUCAAGGCCUCCGCCAAUGACCUGGUUUCUACGUUGAUGAAAGCAUCGCCCUCUUACAUUCGCACGAUCAAGCCGAACGAGAACAAGUCACCUACCGAGUACAAUGUCGGAAACGUCAUGCAUCAGAUCAAAUACCUUGGUCUUCAGGAAAACGUACGCAUUCGUCGUGCUGGCUUUGCGUACAGACAGACAUUCGACAAGUUCGUGGAGCGUUUCUACCUUCUUUCGCCGAAGACAAGUUAUGCUGGAGACUACACCUGGACCGGCGACGCCAAGUCUGGUGUCAAGCAAAUUCUCAAGGACAGCAUACUUGGAGGCCGCAAGGAGCGUAGACGCUACUCUCUGAUCGGUUACAGAAGAUUCAUGGGAGACUAUCUUGGCAUCGGAAACAGUGGUGGAUCUGGCGAGAUGAUCAGAAAGUCGAUCAAUCUGCCCAGCUCUGAUCAAGUGCUAUUCUCGUGCCGCUGCGAACUCCUCGUCUCCAAGCUUGGACGUUCUAGCAAGCCAGAACCGCGUUUCCUCAUCUUGACCAACAAGAGUGUUUACCUGGUCAAGCAAGCUAUCCUCAACAAGCAAUUACAGAUUAUGGCUGAACGCACAAUUGCUAUUGGCGCUAUCAAGUUUGUCAGCGCCUCUACGCUGAAGGAUGAUUGGUUUGCGAUUGGUGCUGGCUCUGCUCAAGAGCCUGACCCGUUGGUGAACUGCAUCUUCAAGACUGAGUUCUUCACAAUGUUGAAGCAGGCUUCGCGUGGUACAGUCGACAUUCGCAUUGCUCAAGAGAUCAGCUACAACAAGAAGCCUGGCAAGCUCGCAACUGUCAAGGUUGUCAAGGACCAGACUGUUGCCCGCGACGAUCUGUACAAGAGUGGUACUGUGCACACUGGACCAGGUGAGCCUCCUAACUCUGUGUCGAGGCCUACGCCCAAGGCCAAGUCGAUACCUGGCAAGCCAAUCACCAGCGGUAAGCUCCUCAGACCUGGAGGUCCUGGCGGCCAGCCCUCAAAGCUUGCUGCCCGUCCAGCGCCUCAGUCUCGACCUGUGCCGCAAGCUCGCCCUCUACCAAGCGGAAACCAAGGAUUGCCAGCAGUUAUGCCCAGUGCAAACCAAGCACCGUCAGCAGGUCUGCCCACUAGGACCCAAGGAAACCCAGCAGGUCUACCUGGGCUAGUUUCAACCCCUGAGGCUGCCGCCGCUGCUGUACAAGCCGCCAUGGGUAUGGGUCAGAAGCCAGUACCCGCGCCUGUCGCAGCACUCAACGGUAGUGGACAUGCGCGCACACCAUCAGCAGGGUCGGCACGCACUCACUUGCCUCCACCACCACCACCACCUCCUGCUGCUGCGCCAAAAGAACCACAGUUCAAGGCCAUGUACGACUUUGCUGGACAGACGAGCGGAGAGCUAAGUCUCACCAAGGACGAAAUUAUUCUGGUAACCCAAAAGGAAAACAACGGUGAGUUUUGUCGCUUUGAGGUUACAGAAAACAAUACUAACGAAUCACAGNGAUGGUGGCUUGCGAAACGAAUGGAUGGCUCGGCGUCAGGAUGGGCGCCAUCGGCAUACUUGGAGGAGGUGGUGGCUAAACCAGCACCUCCACCUCCCCCACCAGUGCAGCAGCGCUCAAUGCCUCCUGCACCGCCCAAGGCAAAUGGUGCUGUAGCUGGUAAGAAGAUGCCGCCGCCACCACCAACAAAGCGACCGGCGGGACGUAAACCCGCGCCCCCCUGCGCCAGGGAGGCAGCGGUAGUGGUACAGAUAGCGGUACAUCGACACCACCAACAGGAGGUUUGGCGGGAGGGCUGGCAGAAGCGCUGCGAGCACGAUCAAAGGCAAUGA